AUGUUUGGCAACCACUCAGAAUCCAGCCCCCCAGUUUUCCUGCUGACAGGCUUUCCUGGCCUAGAGAAACUCCACUUCUGGAUUUCCCUCCCCAUCUGCUCCAUGUACUUGGUGGCCCUCACAGGGAACUGCCUCAUCCUCUUCGUCAUCAGGACGGACCCAACUCUCCACUCCCCCAUGUACUAUUUCCUUUCCAUGCUGGCCCUCUCAGACCUGGGCUUGUCCUUCGCCACUUUGCCCACCAUGCUGAGUGUCCUGUGGUUCAACCACCCUGAGAUCCACUUUGAUGCCUGCUUGGUCCAGAUGUAUUUCAUCCACACUUUCUCCAUUCUUGAGUCAGGUAUUCUACUCUCUAUGGCCUUCGAUCGCUUGGUGGCCAUUCGGAACCCUCUGAGAUACACCAGUGUCUUGACCCAUGAGGCGGUCAUCAAGAUUGGGGUGGGGGUAGCCCUUCGAGCUGCCUUCCUUGUCUUCCCAGCCUCCUUGCUCCUGAAGCGCCUGGAGUACGGGAGGGUCAACGUCCUCUCCUAUUCCUUCUGUUUGCACCAGGACAUUCUGAAGGUGACCCUCUCAGACCGAAGGAUCAGCAGCGUCUACGGCUUGACUGUUAUACUCUCCUCCACAGGGGUGGAUUCACUCCUGCUGGUCUUCUCCUACUUCUUGAUCCUCAGGACUGUCCUGGGAACUUUUUCCAAGGAGGAAUGCCUCAAAACCUUGAGCACUUGCUUUUCCCACUUCUGUGCUGUCCUGGGUUUCUACAUUCCCAUGCUGGGUCUCACCAUGAUCCACCGAUAUGGGAAGCAUGCUUCCCCCAUCGCUUACAUUGUCAUUGCCAACGUCUACCUGUUGUUGCCUCCUCUGAUGAACCCCAUUGUGUACAGCAUCAAAACAAAACAGCUCCGCACUCGGAUCUUUAAUAGAUUUCUGAAAGAGAGAAAACAGUGGGAACCUCAAGGAGAACAUCACAACUGCAGGGGGAGAUGA